CUGAGAUGGAGAAGAAGAGGGAUGAAGAGAGGAGAGGAAGAUGAAGGUGCAGAAGCAGAGAGAGACUCUCAGAUCAGCAGCAGGUGGAGUUCCACACAUCUCAGACAUGAGGAUCCUGCUGCUGGGACACAGAGAUGCUGGGAAGAGUUCAUUAGGAAACACCAUCCUGGGCAGAGAGGAGUUUGGUGUCUCAGGAAGAACAGCUGAGUGUGUGAAGAGAGAAGGAGAAACGGCAGGGAGACGCAUCACUAUCGUAGAGGCACCAGGGUGGUGGUAUAACUACACUGUAGAGCUAACUCCUGAACAUCAUAAACGAGGGAUUGUCCUCAGUGUGUUUCUGUGUCCUCCAGGACCCCAUGCUCUACUCCUGCUCAUUGAUGCAAGGAUGUCAUUAACAGAGAAAUACAGAAGAGGAGUACAGGGACACAUGGAGCUGCUGGGUGAGAGAGUCUGGAGUCACACUAUAGUGCUGUUCACCAAAGGGGACUUGUUGGGAGACACAACCAUCGAGCAGCACAUUGAGAGUGGAGGAGAGGCUCUGCAGUGGGUUGUAGAGAAAUGUGGCAACAGGUAUCAUGUUGUAGACAAUAAGAAGAGGGAUCGUGGCCAGGUGACAGAGCUGCUGGAGAAGAUAGAAGAGAUGGUGGCUGGAAAUAGAGGCCAUCAGUUUGACUUUGAUGCAGAAAUAUGUAAAGCACUGCAAGAGAAGAAGAGAGAAGAGCAAAGAAGAGCAGAGGAGAGGAAGAUGAAGGUGCAGAAGCAGAGAGAGACUCUCAGAUCAGCAGCAGGUGGAGUUCCACACAUCUCACACAUGAGGAUCGUGCUGCUGGGAAGUAAAGAACUUGGGAAGAGUUCAUCAGGAAACACCAUCCUGGGCAGAGAGGAGUUUGGUGUCUCAGGAAGAACAGCUGAGUGUGUGAAGAGAGAAGGAGAAACAUCAGGGAGACACAUUACUGUAGUGGAUGCACCAGGAUGGUGGAAUAACUACACUGUAGAGCAAACUUCUGAACGUGACAAACAAAUGAUUGUCCUCAGUGUGUUUCUGUGUCCUCCAGGACCCCAUGCUCUACUGCUGAACAUUGAUGUGAGUAUGUCAUUAAGAGAGAAUCACAGAAGAGCAGUGCAGCAACACAUGGAACUGCUGGGUGAGAGAGUCUGGAGUCACACUAUAGUGCUGUUCACCAAAGGGGACUUGUUGGGAGACACAACCAUUGAGCAGUACAUUGAGAGUGGAGGAGAGGCUCUGCAGUGGGUUGUAGAGAAAUGUGGGAACAGGUAUCAUGCUGUAGACAAUAAGAAGAGGGAUCGUGGCCAGGUGACAGAGCUGCUGGAGAAGAUAGAAGAGAUGGUGAUGAGAAACAGUGGAGAAUGGAGUAUGGAUGAACCUCUUGAGUUUAGUGAAGUCCUACCUGAUGACUACUCAACUGGAGAUUCUGCACAUGGCUCCACUAAACCAACACCUAAACCUGAGCUCAUAAAGGCCUUUAAGCAGCUCAGCACUGCUGCCUCUACUCAGAGCUCUGGGUUUGGCUCAGCUGAGACAGGGGAGAGGAGUGGAUCUGCUGAGGAGUCAUUCAGUCUGAUCCCACCAAUCAGAGGAGACGGAGGAGGCAACACAAAAGGGGCCACAGCAGCACAACAGAAGACUCCGCUGAGACCAACACAUGGAACAACACUUACUGCUAAGAGCAGAGAUUACCCAGUGACAAAUCCUUUUGUGGAUGAAACUACAAUUGGAGUAGACUAUACAGAAUGCAUUGGACAUGGCUCUUAUGGAAAAGUGUACAGGGGAUCUUAUCAGGGAACACCUGCUGCUGUAAAGAUUAUACCAACAGGAGACAAUUCAGUGACUACAAACGAAUUCAUCAUACCUGGGCGUUUGUCUCACUCCAACAUUGUGCGGAUUCUGGCAGUAGCCAAAAGUGAGACACAGAUCCUCAUUGCUAAUGAGUACAUCCAUGGUGCCAACCUGCAGCAGAUUCUUUUUACAGACACUCCAAUUGAGUUGCAGCUCGAAGAUAAGCUGUUUGUGGCUUUAGAUAUUGCCAUGGCUGUUGAGUACAUACAUGGAAGAAAGAUCAUUCACCAAGAUCUCAAGCCAGCAAAUAUAAUGAUUACAGCAGAUAACAAAAAGGCCCAUCUGACUGAUUGGGGCUUGGCGAACGUGAAGGAAACCGUAUCCAUGACGAAAGGAAGCUGUGGCCCACUGGGUGGGACCCCUCCCUACAUGGCCCCAGAGUGUCUUGUGAAGUGUGAGAACUGCAGCACCAUGUCCGACAUGUGGUCUCUUGGCAUCACUCUUCUGGAGAUGUUCACAAACUCUAAGCCCUGGUCAAACAGUAACCCGCAAGAGCUGCGUAAGCUUCUUCUUAAAAAAAACCCUCCUCAGGCUCUGUCUAAAUUACAGCCUGCUCUUCAUGACAUUGUGAAACCACUGAUCAAAUUUAAACCCAAGUCUCGCAAAAAUGCCAAAGACCUGGUGAUACUGUUGAAGUCAAAGGUUGAUGUCACCAAAAGAUAUGGAUUCAAAUGGUAACGCAAAUUAGGUCUACUAGUGAAAGAUUAAGAGAUAAUUUCCCAGCUGUUGUAUAUGUAGACUAUUAUUACUGAUUGUGUAUUGAAUGAAGUUUGAUGACUGUUAAUAUGAACAUGUAUUACUUUACUCCGUCAUGCAUGACUGACUGACCUCACUGCAGCCAUGUUUAAGAGUCAAUGUUAAAUAGUGUUAAUGAAAGGCUCAUAUGG